CCGCAAUAGCCAGCUCCGUCGCCUUCUAAUCUAUACCUCCAUCUUUCCCUGCCGCUCUUUUCCACCUUCACCAUGGUUCGUCUGAGGGAAAUCCCCCGGACGGCCACCUUUGCCUGGUCUCCUGGAGCUGCUUCACCAUUGAUUGCUACGGGUACUCGCGCCGGCGCCGUGGAUGUCGACUUCUCCAAUCAAACGUGUCUGGAGCUCUGGGAUCUCAACCUGAGCCGCCACGAGGCCGGCGGCGAGCUGCAGCCGGUAGCGAAGAUUGACACUGAUUCAGGCUUCAACGACUUGGCAUGGACGGAUUCCGAGGACAGCUCUCGGGGCGUGAUCGCGGGUGCCUUGGAGAAUGGAUCUUUGGAUCUGUGGGAUGCCGAUAAGUUGCUCGGUGGUUCCAGUGAUGCCGUCAUCUCGAGGACCAACAAACACUCAGGGGCUAUUAAGGCUCUCCAGUUCAACCCCAAACACUCCAACUUGCUGGCCACCGGUGGUGCCAAGGGCGAGCUGUACAUUUCCGAUCUGAACGACAUUGCGAACCCCUCUAGACUCGGAGGCACAGCCGCCCGCGCAGAUGACAUCGAAUGCUUGGAUUGGAACAAGAAGGUUGCACACAUCCUGGUCACGGGUAGCAGUGCCGGCUUCGUGACCGUGUGGGAUGUCAAGACCAAGAAGGAGAGCUUGACGCUCAACAACAUGGGCCGGAAAGCUGUCAGUGCUGUGGCCUGGGACCCGGAGAAGCCUACGAAACUUGUCACGGCCACACCGCUCGAGUCGGACCCCCUGAUCUGUGUGUGGGAUCUGCGUAACUCUCACGCCCCGGAGAGAACCCUCCGUGGCCACGAAUCCGGCGUCUUGUCACUAUCCUGGUGCGCCCAGGAUCCCGAUCUGCUCCUCUCCUCCGGCAAAGAUAACCGCACCCUCUGCUGGAACCCCCAGACCGGUCACGCCUACGGCGAGUUCCCCGUUGUCACAAACUGGACUUUCCAGACGCGCUGGAACCCUCACAACCCCAACUUCUUCGCCACCGCUUCGUUCGACGGCAAGAUUGCCAUCCAGACCAUCCAGAAUACCAGCACCGAAACUGCCCAGGCCAUUGCCGACCAGAACCAGGCCCUCGAUGGCGAGGACUUCUUCGCCAAGGCCCAAACUCAGCCCCAGGUCUCCAGCUUCUCGCUGCCCAAGGCCCCCAAGUGGCUGGAACGGCCGUGUGGCGCAACCUUUGGAUUCGGAGGCAGAGUUGUCUCUGUCAACCUAGUUGAGAAGGGUCAGCGUGCGUCGAAAAUUAAGAUUACCCCGUUCGAAGUUGAUGAGGCGGUUGGAAAGUCGACCGAGACCUUUGAGAGCGCGCUCAAGGAGGGUGAUUUGCGCAACAUCUGCGAAACUCGGGCUGCCAACGCCACCAGUGAAGAGGAGAAGGCCGACUGGAAGGUCAUUGAGGCCUUGAUCUCGGCCGAUCCUCGCAAGGGUCUGGUCGAGUAUCUCGGAUUCGCGGACCAGGCUGACGAGGCUGCUGAUAGCUUAGCCAAGCUGGGUCUGAACAAGGAGGACGACGAGGAAGUCAACGGCGAGGAGCCCAAGGAAUCCCGCGGGUCGGGGGCCAAGAAGCACCGUCGUCUGCAAUCCGUCUUCGACACAAGCGCGGACGCAGAUAACUUCCUGUCUGACCUGGCUGCUUCCAAGGGUGCCAAGACCAAUAACCCCUUCCACAUCUUCAACGGAGAGGAGACCGAAGCGGACACUGGCAUCACCAGAGCGUUGCUCCUCGGUGACUUCGAGAAGGCCCUUGAUGUCGCACUCAAGGAGGAUCGUCUCUCGGAUGCGUUCAUGAUUGCCAUCUGCGGAGGCCAGAAAUGCAUUGAGAAGGCCCAGGAGCACUACUUCUCCAAGCAAACCAACAGCCCGAACUAUGUGCGUUUGCUCGCAUCUAUUGUGGGCAAGAACCUCUGGGAUGUUGUCUACAACGCCGAUUUGUCCAACUGGAAGGAGGUUAUGGCAGCUCUUUGCACUUUUGCCGACGAGAAGGAGUUCGCGGAUCUCUGUGAUGCUCUGGGUGACCGCUUGGAGGAGGAGCUCCGUAACUCGGAUGACAAGGCCCUUCGCAAGGAUGCCUCGUUCUGUUUCCUGGCCGGUUCCAAGUUGGAGAAGGUUGUUGCUAUCUGGAUUGAGGAGUUGCGGGAGCGUGAGCAGAAGGCCAUCGAAGCCUCUGCUGACGAUUCUGCUUUCUCGAUCCACGUCCGUGCUCUGCAGAGCCUGAUUGAGAAGGUGACGAUUUUCCGCCAGGUCACCAAGUUCGAGGACACCGAGCGUACCAAGGAGUCGGAUUGGAAGCUCAGCACGCUGUACGACAAGUACAUCGAGUAUGCCGACGUUGUUGCUACCCAUGGACGGCUGCAGGUCGCACAGAAGUACCUCGAUCUUGUGCCUGAGAAGCACCCUGAGGCCGAGAUCGCCAGAAAUCGCAUCCGCCUGGCAACGAGACAAGCCGCUCCUCAACGGACGCAGACUGCAACCAGCGCAGCUGCCAGGCCCAAUCUCAACAAGCCUCUUCCUCAGCCUGCUUUGGGUGGAUACCAGCCCACAAGAACCUUCUCGCCUGUGGCGCCUGCUGCAGUUCCCAGCCCUUAUGCUCCUGCUGCUCCCGCUGCUGCUCCCUCGAAUCCGUACGCCCCCCCGACUGCUGCGGCCGCCAACCCAUAUGCUCCCCCGACCGCUGGUACAGUCAACCCUUAUGCUCCUCCGACUGCCGCGGCACCGGCCCAGCCGACGAAUCCGUACGCUCCCUCCACCGCCGGCAGCGGCUACACUCCCGCCGGAUAUCAACCGCCACAGGCCCCUACCUAUGGUGCUCAGCCUCUAGGUGGCACUGUGCCCCCGCCUCCACGCGCGACCAACCAGUCUCCGGCCAACACCAUUACCACGUACACCACGGCCACCAACCUGCCCGCGUGGAAUGACUUACCCGAGGGAUUCGCUAAAGCACCUACGCCCCGUCGGUCGACUCCUGCCACUGCUUCCGCGCCUAUCAGCGCUCCGUUCCCGAACCAGUCUCCUACCCUCGCGCAAGGCCCUCCUCCCCCAGUUGGAGCACCUGUCGGCCGGACCCCCUCGGUCCCCCCUCCGCCCAAGGGCGGCGCCCCUCCUCCUAGAGUGAUGUCGCCGCCCUCGGCCGUUCCUACGCUUUCCUCGAUGCCUCCUCCUGCGGCCAACCCCUAUGCCUCCCUGCCUCAGUCUCCCCCCUCGGCCAUGGGCGUGCCCGCUUCAAUCCCUCGGGGACCUUCGCCUUACAACGCACCUCCUACGAUGCCGCCCCCCACAAAUCGGUACGCACCGAGCCCGGCUGCUCAAGCCGCCAGCCCCCAGCUCCAGACGCGGGCGCCCGUUCCUCCCCCUCCGCAGGCCGCUGCCUCCCCGUAUGCCCCUCAGCCCGCCAUGCAAUCAUUAGCGAACCAGUACGCUCCUAGCACGCCUUCGCCCAUUGCCCCACCAGUGCAACAGCAUGCGCCUCCCCCACCCCAGGCCGCGGGAUCCCGACCCAGCACGGCCUCUUCGCAGAAGAAGCCUGCCCCGGCGGCGCCCAAGUACCCCCCUGGUGACCGCUCCCACAUCCCCGCCGAUGCCAUGCCCGUGUACGAGAUCUUGUCGGCGGACAUGCAGCGAGUGAAGUCGCGGGCCCCGUCUUCGUUCAAGGCGCAGGUCGACGAUGCGGAACGGCGACUGAAUCUUCUGUUCGACCAUCUCAACAACGAGGAUCUGCUGAAGCCUAACACGAUUGCGGACAUGGCGCAGCUUGCUCACGCCAUCCAGGCGCGUGACUAUGAGACGGCGCGCGCGAUUCACGUGAACAUCAUGACCAACCGGACGGACGAGUGCGGUAACUGGAUGGUUGGAGUGAAGCGUUUGAUCAGCAUGAGCAAAGCCACGCCGUGACGGUUGAGUAUGUGACGAUCAUGAGUUGUAUGUACAAGGCAAGAGUUUCCUAUAAUUGUUUGACUGUACUGGACUUUUGAGCCCUGGACCCGGCCGACGUGGGGUUUGGCUGGCAAGGGGGUCGCCCUUUUUUCUUUAUUAUCCCGCUGUUAAUUGUUGAUAUUAUGUUUUAUCUGGCCUUGGUAGAAGUAAAAGAGGGUAGACAUGUUGUUUUUAUUUUCUUGACGUAGAUCGGAGGCAAGCACUUGCUGGC